UGUUAAAUAGAAAAACUGAUGUAACAUUAUUGUUAGAGGUUUAACUGUGUUUCGUUUAAGAAAGGUGAUAUGAGAAAGUUAAUCUUUUUAACAACGCACAAGAAAUGAAUUCCUGCUACAACUUACUUUUAAUACUUGCUUUUUUCGUUAAAGAAACACCAGGCUGCUUGGAAUGGAUUUCUAAAGGAGAUGGUAGAUACCGGAGACAUUGUUACUGGUUCGAAAGAAGCUCCUAUUUAAUGGGCACCUUUGCAGCAGACGACUAUUGUGCCAGGAUUGCUAAUGGCGGACGCCUCGCGCCGUACAUAGAUUCAUUCCAGUACAAUCACCUGCUUAGUUUACGGCCAGCGGACGCAACAGACACGUUCAUUGGAACUAACGACAUUGCAGUAGAAGACACGUGGGUUAAUUUCGACGGAACAUCUAUUCCCGGGAACGGAUUUCUUUAUACGAUGACGAACUAUCCGGUUUCUCAACCUAACGGAUUAACCAGCCAGAACUGCGCAAUCAUCAAUCCGAGACCUGGAAAUUCGGUCUACACUACUAACCAAACUCAAGACCGUUCCUGUACUUCAUCCUUAUCUACCGACAUGUUGUGUUACAGAGAAGAUUAUACAGGACAGUGUUUGUCAUGGACCUCCACUGCAGACUCACAGUACAGACGUCACUGCUAUUGGCUGACGUCAACACCGCCAGCGGGCGCCACAGACUGGAGAGUGACUGACGCCAUGACCAAGUGUCAGUGCGAGGGGGGACAGCUGGCACCGGUGAUCGACAACGUUCAAUUUUCGUUUCUUACAAACUUUUUGAGCACUAUAUCAAGCACAACAGGCAUGUCAACUGGUGCGUGGUUUGGUGUACAUAACACCAAGGGAACUCCUGCCAACUGGAACGGAAAUCCAUCUAUAGCCUCGUUUGCAUCGCCCCCUCCAGCUGGAGAAUACUGCUUUAUGGUGUCUACCGGAGGAACACAAACAUGGCGACCGUGUAGCUACACUGACAUUACUGUUGUAUAUGGCGCUAUUUGUUACAAGCAAGCACCCGUACCUAAAACUUCCAAUGGGUCUACAAAGUCUGUAGAGGAAAUGAAAAGGGAACUCACUAUAGAUCCAAAGGAAACUAAUGCAUUCAAACUGUCAAAGAUCAGUGUGUACGAGGACCGGCCUACAGCCAAGGGUAUCGGCAUCCUUGGCAUUGCCUUGCUUGGAUCAUUCUUUGCUUUCAUCAUCGUACUGGAUUGUCAACGUUUAGAACAAUUGUGUUCCCGAAAAAUAGACGCAACAAAUAUUUGAGAUGUUUCGAUGGCUAUUCUUCCUACAUACGAAUGUUUUUGAAUGACUAAACCUUUUCCAAAGAAGACUAUUGAAUUAAUGACCAAAAAAUUGUCUUUAAAAUACUAUUCAAUCAGAUCUAUUGUAAAAUUGUGUUUCUUUUAGUGCUCAAUUCGUGGUUCUUUUGUUGUGGUGUAUAGAACACAAUUAAAGGUAUCUUUCUUUUACGGCUUUAUUUAGGUUAAAGCCAUACAUACUUACAUUAUUAACAUACACGUAAUUUUGGUGUAUUUAUGAAUGACAUGUAAAGACGAUCAAUCAAAAACUAUCUAUGUAAUGUGGUCACAGUUUUCGAUCAGGUAUAACUUCACUUAGGUCUCUGAAAUACAAGGUGAAAAAUAAGUAGGAAUGUAUCAUGUCUUCAAAACAAACGUUGAAUAUUUGUAUGUUAUUCUAUAACUUAUUUCGCGUUUCUAACUUUACAUGGACGACGGGGUUUUUUUUUUUGAAAAGUCGAAAAAGGAAGUUAACGUAUUAUUUAAUCCUGAGUUAAAUGCUUCAUGUGAUGUAUAUAAUGAUUUCUGAAAGUCAUCUAGACACAGUUUUACCAGCAGGAAGAAAAUGCCAUUAAGAACAACUUGUUCUUGUAGUCCAUGUUUAAUUAGACCACUCCUAAUGUAUGAUCUGAUACUCACCACAUCAAGGGAAACCAAUUGGAAUCCUCAUAACGUUUAUGAUUCAUAACAGAAAAAGAGCAUUUUGUUCUGGUAUAAAUUUAAAGGGUUUGACAUGGCGGGGAGGUACAUGUAUUUCCAGUGACGUCAUAAUAAGGUUCGGCGCAGUAUGUUUGAAACAUGAAAUUAUCCCCUCAUCAAUUUCUAAUAUGUUUAACGGUGUAACCGUUGGGACGAGCGCAGAAGAAACCACACAUCUGUCAUUAUUGUUAAAUGCAACCCGUGGACUUGCCCUAACCAAAAAACUUUGGCUUUGUCUCGAAAACUUAUACCACUGCAAGGCAACCGAAGUUACAAAACUCUAAUUCCAAUGGUCCAUUCCUAACAAACUGCCACUGAGCAUUAAUUAAAUGUUAAACAGACUAAUUAAAAUAUUUUUAUAAACACAAAGCUGUUUGUUUCUUUUUAUGUAAAUACAAUUAUUUUUUAUCAUUACUUUACCUUUAAAUAAUGAUCAUUAAAAUCAGUAAACAAUAAAUUGUGUGUCUGUGUUAUUUCUCAUUCUAUUGUUAUUAUUAUUCCUUACUGUUACCUGUGCUAAUUAUUUUCCUCUGUGACAUCAAUUUUUUUUUGUACGCUCUAUAAGUGUUGUAGACAUGUGCCCUCACUCACUAUAGUGUAUGAUAUCCAAUAUUUUUGAAAUGUUUGACCACAUAUGCAACUAUAACAAAUACACGUAGAUAUUUUAACAGUUCGAUUGUUUUCCUUUUAUUUAUUCAUUACAAAAUGACGUGGCUGCACGUAGAUCUACAUGUAAUAAUGAUUGGACUUUUCCUUUUUAAUAAUUUUUUGUCACCUACCUAACGUUUGCAUAUAUGAUUGGAUCAAUAUGACAGUAAAUGUAGCAUGGAACUUGCAUGUGUAUUUACUAAGCAAAACAAAUUAUCAAAACAAAACUAAUUAGCCAAAGAGUCACCGUUACCACUGAUACUGAGUACUUCCUACACGUUACAGAUGCUUGAUCCACCUCUAAAUGUAUUGCGGGAAAUUAAAGCGCGAGAUCACUGUGACGUCAUAUUUAACUUUCUUUUGAGCUCGACAGUUUUCGUAAAUUGUCGGACAAAUUCGGGAAAGGAAAUGACGUCAUAUGUCGAUAGGUACAGGUUUUUUUACGUAAGCAUAUGUGUUGUUUACUUUAAUGUUUUUAAAAGGAUUUUUUAUAUUUAAAUGAAUAUGAUGUAUGCGAUUUAGAGGUAAGAAUUUUCCUUAGAAACGCUUCCUGUUCGACCAUGUUGCUAUGUACCGCAAAGGAUCACUGGGAUAGUAGAACUUUUUCACGUGGCCUCAUAAAAAUUUCUUUGAACAAUGUGCAGAUUUCAACUCGAAUUUCCUCCGUUCGUACAAGUUGUCUAUGGAGCUCGCUUCGCGAGCGGCGCUUCGCGCCGACUCGCUGCGCUCGCUAUGAAUUGUAAAUGAAAAUUCAGUGUCUCUGAAAAUUUAAAAUAAAAUCACUUUUAAGUUGGCAAUUACAAUUGAAAAAAAUCAUUUAUCUUAACACUUUUGUAUCUAGUUGUCUGUUCUUGCUGGCAUAUAAGUAGUGGUAUAGCUGAAAGUGCU